UCACUUUGUCCUGCUCAAGACCGUCUGGCAUGAAGAUGUAGCUCUGAGGUGAUUAUGGAUCUGAACAACUCUACUGAUUACCUGACCAAUGUUUCUACUUUAGUAAGAAGCAGCACUCACCUUCUAACUCCUGCCUCAAAAAUGAUCAUUGCCCUUCCUUUAUUCAUGUCAUUUGUAAUUGGUACCAUCAUCAAUGGCCUCUAUCUAUGGGUGCUAAAAUUCAAGAUGAAAAAGACUGUCAAUACUCACUUAUAUUUUCAUCUCAUUCUUUCAUAUUUUAUUUCAACAUUGAUUCUGCCAUUUAAAGCUGCCACUUAUCUUCAGGACAAUCAUUGGACCUUUGGAACUGCCUUGUGCAAGGUCUUCAAUAGCACUUUGUCACUGGGGAUGUUUGCCUCUGUUUUCUUCCUCUCAGCCAUCAGUCUUGAUCGUUAUCUUCUCACCCUUCACCCAGUGUGGUCCCAGCAGCACCGAACCCCACGCUGGGCUUCCAGCAUCAUCCUGGGAGUCUGGAUCUCUGCCACUGCCCUCAGCAUACCCUAUUUGAUUUUCAGGGAGAUACAUCAUGACCAUAAAGGAAGGGUGAUCUGCCAAAAUAACUAUGCUGUGUCUCCCAACUGGGAAAGAAAGGAGAUGCAAAAAUUAAGGCAAUGGAUUCAUGUAGCCUGUUUCAUUGGCCGCUUCUUGCUGGGCUUCCUUCUGCCUUUCUUCGUCAUUACCUUUUGUUACAAAAGAAUAGCCAGCAAGUUGAAAGAGAAGGGCCUGUUUAAAUACAGCAAGCCCUUCAAAGUCAUGAUGACUGCCAUUAUUUCUUUCUUUGUGUGUUGGAUGCCCUACCAUGUAUACCAGGGCUUACUUCUCAUGAAGAACCAGUCACUACUUUCAGAUUUGACUAUGAUACUAACAGUGCUAACCAUUUCUUUUAAUACUGUCUUUUCUCCCACAUUCUACCUGUUUAUUGGGGAGAACUUCAAAAAGGUUUUCAAAAAGUCCAUUCUUGCUCUGUUUGAGUCAACAUUCAGUGACGAUUCUUCUGCAGAAAGGACACAAAACCUAAAUUCAGGAGCCCAAAUUUAAAUUCUGGAUCCUUAAGCAAACAUGGACUCUGUCAAUUAUACCACUAGAGAUACAC